AAAAAAAAAAAAAAGAAAAAAAAAAAGAAAAAAGAAAAAAAAACAAAUGAAAAAAAAUGGAAAAGAAAAAAUAAAGGAAAAAAGAAGGAAAUAAGUAAAAUUAUGAUUGAAUCGAUAUAGAAGAGGACCUGUAGAAAAUCACAGUGGUACAUUCGAAAGAUGGUGAGGAGAGAAGUUUAAGAAGAAGAGGAAGAGGUGGAGGAGGAGAAGGAGGAGGAGGAGGUGGAGGUGGAGGAAUUGUAGAGAAUGUAUAGAGAACGAUUACGCAUGCGUAGAAAAACGGCGCGACGACACGCUCCGUCGAGAGGUUUGAGGCGAACGAAUUUUCCGUUUUCAGUCGCCGACGGAAAACAGCGCGCGUCGGCCGCGAUCGCAAUUUCGAUAUCUCGCGUUUUGGUGCUGUGUUUAUAUAACGUGAAUAACAUAUAUAAACGAAAUCCCCAUAAUAUUUUCCUAAUGAAGUAAAGUGAAACAUAAAGAAAAAAUAUUAAAGAUUUACGAGCAAAGGAAUUAUCGAAAUUCGAUCAUCGAAUAACGAUCGAUAAUAGAUCUUUCGUCGAUCGAGUUACGAUCGUUCAAAAAAAAAAAAAAAAAAAAGAGAGAAAAAGGUGGAAGAACGAAAUCAAAAAAUUACAAAUAGUCCAGUGGGAAGGACAAACAAAUGGUUAUUUCGUGCUUUCGAUAAAAAGUGUGUAUAAACGCGAGGAGGAGCGAAAACUAAUGAGAUCGUAAAUCAAUAUUUGAAAUCUCUUUUGUUUUUUAAAAAAAAAAAAAAAAAAGGAAAGGAUACAAAAAUAUUCACAAAUUCGUUACGUCAUUCAAAUAAAAAGAUAUAUAUAUAUAUAUAUAACAAAAUUUCGCGUGUGUUCGAUAAAACGUAUUACGAAACUAAGACGUUUGUUAAUAAGAAAAGAAAAGAAAAAAAUAAAUAAAUAAAAAGAAAAAGAAAAGAAAAACGUGUAUGUUAAAAAAAAAAAUAGUGACGACAGUUCGAUAAAAAUUCUAACCGGUAACGAAGUUUAAUUCUAAAGAACAAAAGAAAAAAAAAAAAUAAUUCUUAGAAAACAUUUCUGUGAACAAAGUGAAAAGAAUAUAAGAAGAGACAAAAAAAUCAGAGAUAAAAAUUCGUGCAAUAAAGAAAGACGCGUGAUAAGUUGAAUAAAAAUUUGUGCAAUAAAGAAGACAACAAAGUGAAAAGAUCAUUAAAAAAAGAAAAAAAGAAAAAAAAAAUCGUGCGUAAAAGAAAACAACAAGAAAUUCAAGACUUCGAAGUUCAAGAUAAGAUAACAUAAUUCUUGAAGUUAAUUCGCGGAAAAGGAGGGACAACGAAAUUUUUUUUAAUUCCUUUGCAAGAAGAAACAACAACAACAACAGCAACAACAACAACAAUAGCAACAAUAUUUCAAGAAAAUUCGUACAAAGGUAGAAAGGGCGACAAACUUAAGAGAAAAAAAAAAGAAGUAAAAAAAAAAGAAUAAAAUUAGAUUAAAUUAAAUCAAAUAAAACAAAUACAAAAAUUUAUCGAAAAAUUGGAAUUAAACCCUUAGAGGGUUAAAUAAAAGAUAUAAAAAAGAAUUAAUACAAAAAAAAAAAAAAAGAAAAAAAAAGAAGCUGGAUGAUAAUAACAGCCGAGAAAAAGAGAGAGAGAGAGAGAGAGAGAGAGAUAGAUAAAUAAAGUGAGAGAAAAAGAGAGAGAGAGAAAAGUAUAGUGGUUAAAUAUAGCUUAAACUGAAUGAUCGAUUACGAAUAAAAAUUUAAUCGAGAUAUUAAAAGAGAUACAUCUCCAACGAUUAUAUUUGUCGUAUGGUAAUCAUUUUAAAUACAUUGUGAGACGUAUUUAAAAAGAAAAAAAAAAAAAAUAGAAAAAAAGAACAACCAAGAAGAAGAAGAAGAAGAAGAAGAAGAAUAACAGCAUCGAUAACAAAAUCGAAGGAAAAUGGAAGGAAACGAUAGUAUGAAUUAUUGGCAAAAUUUGAGCUUAUCGAACGUAAGCCAUCACACGGACGAUCAAAUAAUGUCGAAUCUAAGCAUACAGAUAAUAUUCUGUAUAUUUUACGGUAACAUAUUUAUACUCGGUGUAUUCGGUAAUGUAUUGGUAUGUUACGUUGUAUUACGUAAUCAACAGAUGCAAACUGUAACAAAUCUCUUUAUAACGAACUUGGCGUUCAGCGAUUUAUUAUUGUGCGUAUUGGCGGUACCAUUUACGCCAUUGUACACAUUUUUAGGUGGUUGGAUAUUUGGUAGGAUAUUGUGCCAUUUGGUACCGUACGCACAAGGUGUAAGCGUUUACAUAAGUACAUGGACAUUGACGAGCAUAGCGAUAGAUCGUUUCCUUGUAAUAUUAUAUCCAUUUCAUCCGCGUAUGAAAAUUGAAAUCUGUUGGACUAUAAUAUUUGGUAUAUGGAUGGUUGCAUUAAUGUUAACCCUACCAUAUGGAUUUUAUAUGCAAUUCGAACCUUACGAGCCUUAUACUUAUUGCGAAGAACAUUGGCCGAGCGAGCCUUUCCGUAAGGUUUUCAGUUCAUUUACAACGAUAUUGCAAUUUCUCGUGCCCUGUUUCGUAAUAACACUUUGUUACAUAUGCGUUUGGAUAAAAUUGAAUGAUAGGGCAAGAUUAAAGCCCGGUAGCAAAAGUAGCAAACGCGAAGAAACGGAUCGUGAAAGGAAGAAACGUACGAACAGAAUGUUGGUAGCUAUGGUAAUAAUAUUUGGAUUCUCAUGGUUACCAUUAAACAUCGUUAACAUCAUCAAUGACUUUUAUCCGCCUGCCAACGAUUGGUCUUAUUACGGAUUGUUCUUCUUUAUGACCCAUUGUCUUGCUAUGAGCAGCACCUGUUACAAUCCAUUUCUUUAUGCCUGGCUCAACGAUAAUUUUCGGAAGGAAUUUAAACAGGUCCUACCAUGUUUCUCAAGGACAUCGAGGAACAGUACGCCGAGAUUAACGGAGGGUUGUAGAAGUGAGAAACUCUGCAAUGGAAAUAAUACCGUACAAGAAAGUCUAUUGCCAAGUCAGGCGAUUAAAGUCCAGGUGUCACAGGGCUGCGAGAUGAUAACCUUGAAUCCAACUACGACAAAUACUUUAAAGGAUCAGGAUCGUCGUUCGAGCACGUCCAAGGAUUUCGAAGAUGCUAUUCUCUAAAAGGGAUCAUAAUCUUCGUUCAGACAGCUGUACUUUUUUCAAUUUUGAUUUCAAUCGAAGAUCACAAUCGAAGUGACGGAAGUGACGAUAAAAAAAGAAAAGAAAAAGAAGAAGAAGAAGAGGAAGAAGAAGGAGAAGAAGAAGGAGAAG